AUGGCAGCCUACGUGAGGUGGAAAUCUCCCCUAAAAUUCUUAGUUUUAUUUUCUCUAAUUGCGUCCACAUCUCAGAAUUCUCGACAAAAGCGAGAAAUUUUACCAGAUCAGCCUAGAAUAGUAACCCAAAAUGGUAAUUUGGUAUUUCAAACGGGCACCGGUCAUGACAUCACGUUUAAAGCUAUCAAUGGUGGAAAAAUAAAACUAGGAGAGUCAGAUAUUACAGAUCUAGCAAUAUCGGUUGAGAGUAACAGAAAUGACAUUGAUCAGAUCAAAAAUUCUCCCACAGCUUUACCCAGUAACUUGGUGAAUCGUGUUGACGAUUUAAAAACAAAGGUAGAUAACCUAGCUACAACUGGGGAAGUGGCAAAUAAAUUAUCUGGUCUGAGAACAGAUGUCACCAGUUUACAAAGUACUGUUAAUACUAACAGAAAUGAUAUUGAUAGGAUCAAAAAUGCUCCCACAUCUCUACCAAGUAACCUAGCCACUCGAUUCGAUACGUUAAAAACAAGGGUAGAUAACCUAGCUACAACUGGAGAUGUUGCUAACAAAUUAACAAGUUUAAGAAAUGAUGUAACAAGCUUACAGAGUACAAGGAAUGACCUAACCAGUAGAAUAUCAGCUGUAGAGACCAGUAUAAAUCAACCUACAGGCAAUGUCAAAUCACAGCUUACAUCUAUGUCUUCAAGACUCGAUACUUUAGAGGGCAGGAUAUCAACAUUAGAAUCUACCAGUAGUAGUAGUUCUACUACAGGAGUUACUGCUCUACAAACAAGGCCAUUACCGAGUGGAGGAGGGAGUAGAGGAAGUGGUAGUUCUAGGGGACGAUCUCGAAGCUACAGACGUCUAGCAUCUAGGGUCACAACAUUAGAAGAACAAGUUCGUAAUUUACAAACAUUAUUAACAAGAAGAGAAUGUGACAGUCAUCCUUGUAGAAAUGGUGGAACUUGUCUUGAUCUAUUUAAUGGUUUUAUCUGUAAAUGCAACUCAUACUGGACGGGUCCUACGUGUGAAACAGAUGUAAAUGAAUGUAGUACACUAGCAGGAACUGAUCUGGGAUGUCAGAAUGAUGGAACAUGCGUUAAUAAAGUUAAUGGAUUUGAAUGUCAUUGUCCAGCUAACUGGCAUGGUAUACGCUGUACCGAGUCUCAUGAUGACUGUACUGGUGCUAGUCAAACUGAACUCUGUGGUCAUGGUACCUGUAUUAAUAUACCACGAGUGUCUCAGGGACAGGCUAAGUAUAAGUGUAUAUGUGAUGAUGGUUGGACUAAGACAACAGGUAAUCCAGCUUGUACAGUAGAUGUUGAUGAAUGUACUCAAGCUACUACCUCGUGUUCUCGUGAUCCUCUGGUACAAUGUAUCAACAUACCUGGUAGUUUUAGAUGUGGUUCCUGUCCCUCAGGAUUUACUGGUAAUGGAUAUACAUGUACUGAUAUUAAUGAAUGUUUAUCAAAUAAUGGAGGAUGUUCGUUAGCACCUCGUGUAGAUUGUAUCAAUACUAGAGGCUCCAGACGGUGUGCAUCUUGUCCAUCAGGUUACCAAGGUGAUGGUGUAUCAUGUUCCUGGGUCGGUGUUUGUGGUGUUAAUAAUGGUGGUUGUAGUAUCGUAGCAACAUGUAGAGAAACUCCAGGAUUUGCAGGAAGAUCCUGUACGUGUCCAUCAGGUUAUAGUGGUAAUGGUAUUGGCAGUAAUGGAUGUACCCGAUCCAGCCCUCAAACAGGAUCCUGUGCAAAUCAACACUGUCAAAAUGGUGGCACUUGUCAGCCCUCUGGAAGUGGGUAUAUAUGUCAGUGUACAACAGGGUAUACAGGCUCCAACUGUCAAUCAGAUAUCAAUGAAUGUACCAACAACCCCUGUCAAAAUGGUGGACGAUGUAUUAACUCUAUUGGAAGUUUUAGUUGUAAUUGUACAACAGAUUAUACGGGGCCCACCUGUCAGCAAGCACAACAGAGUUGUGGUGGAACAUUGCGUGGUGAGUCAGGAUCGUUGAGUUUUCCAAGAACUACAGGUACUACUUACCCACAUUCUGUAUCAUGUGCCUGGGUAAUAGAGACUACAUCUGGAAAG